ACUGAACAGUUCCCAGACAAAGACGUUGCGAUUUUUGUUGAUUUUAAAUCUUAUUAUGUUUUCGCCGCUAAUUUUUUUAUUUUAUUUUCAUUUUAAUCAUCAAUUACUACAGGCAUCUAUCGAUACCAUCAAUAAUAGCGAUGAUGAACGGCUACUAUCGUCGUCGCAACCGCAGCCGUUGACCACUAAUAUAACAUUUCAGACGGCACUGGACGCCGAUGAUAGAUACCGAUUGUUUUGGACAGUCGACUAUGAAACCCAAUCGGUAACAAUGGAGUUGCGAUUGGUUUUGGCGGACAUUAACGACUGGUUUGCCAUUGGAUUCUCCGAUUAUGGAGAUAUACGCGGAGCUGAUAUGUGUAUGUUUUGGACGGAUAGACGACAUGGAAAACAUCGUAAGACACACUUUCAGGACAUACACACCGAUAACAAUAGUUUUGUGUUUGUCGACGACCUGACCAACGAUUGUAAACUAUUGAGUAUUGAACGAAAACACCAUAUAUUAAGGUUUGCCUAUCACCGGGAUUUUGAUACCUGCGAUCCCAAUGACUAUAUAAUUGAGGAGGGAACAACACAUAUAGUCUAUGCCACUGGAAAGGGAGGCCUCCAGCGGAUCGAUGGCCUGCGUCUAACUGAUCACAAAUACGGCUACCAAAGGGUUCAGUUGCUCAAGAAGUUGGAAACAAUGCCAAAGUUGCCAUCAAAUACCAGACGAUUUGAUUUGCUCAACGAUCGGGUCAGUAUACCCAACGUUGAGACAACCUAUUGGUGUCGGCUAUUGAAACUGCCGAAAGAGUUCAAAGAUACCAAACAUCAUAUUAUACAGUAUGAGGCAGUUAUCGAUUCAGGCAAUGAAGCACUGGUUCAUCACAUGGAACUGUUCCACUGCGAGGUAUCGGCUGAAGACUCACUUAGCGAUUAUAGUGGCAAUUGUUUUGCACCCGAAAAACCUGCGGCAAUGAGCGCAUGUAGUCGUGUAAUAUCUGCCUGGGCUAUGGGCGCCGGGCCACUGGUCUAUCCAAAACAAACGGGUCUACCUGUCGGUGGUCGCAACUAUUCCCUGUAUGUUAUGCUUGAAAUACACUACAAUAAUCCUGAACAACGUGACGACUGGAUCGAUGGCUCCGGUAUUAGACUAUACUAUACCCAACAAUUAAGACAACACGACGCCGGUAUCCUAGAAAUCGGUUUGGAAUAUUCGGCCAAAAAUUCUAUACCUCCCGGGCAACAGUCGUUUGAUUUAUCUGGUUAUUGUACGGCUGAAUGUACCCGAUCCGGGCUACCCGUCUACGGUAUUAACAUAUUUGCAUCACAAUUGCACACGCAUUUGACUGGUACACGGGUCUGGACCCGACAUAUCAGGGGUGGCGUCGAAUUGACGGAAAUAAAUCGCGAUAAUCAUUACAGUCCACACUUUCAGGAGAUACGUAAACUUAAGCAACAGGUGACCAUAUUUCCCGGCGAUGUACUGAUCAAUACGUGUCGAUUUGAUACUCGCGGACGCGUGAAUAUGACACUCGGUGGCCAUGCAAUUACCGAUGAAAUGUGUGUCAAUUAUUUGCAUUACUAUCCGAAAACACAGCUCGAAGUAUGCAAAAGUUCAAUGGAUACACAAUAUUUGCGAUCAUAUUUCCGAUAUAUGAAUGCCAGAGAAGGACAGUCGACUCUAGCAUCCAAUGGUAGUGUUCGGGAAAAUUUUCAAUCAAUCCAUUGGAAUCCAAAUAGAGUACAAUUUUUGGACAGAUUAUACCGUUUGGCCCCACUGUCCAUGCAAUGCAAUCAAUCAUCCGGUCAACGAUUUCCGGGUUAUUGGAAUGGUAUGCCUAUUCCUCAGAUACAUUUCCCAUUAGAGGAAACACCAAGAAAACAUUGCACCAAAAAUUAG